AUGGAUGACGAAUCGAGUGGUACGGUGGUGAAGCUGCUAGUUCGUGGUCGAAAACGAUAUCGAAUAAAGUCAUAUACUUCAGAGCCAGAAAAGAAGAAAAUUAGGAAGGUAUUACAUGAAGGCGUCCUGGUAGAAAUUCUCUCAAAACUGCCUGCCAAGUCUGUACUCAGGUUUAGACGCGUCUCAAAAGAGUGGUAUGCUCUCACCAAAACUUCUUAUUUCAUUGCUAGACAUGACCUUCAUCGUCGCUCUCGCUCCGCUCAGAAUCAUGGUCUUCUCCUUGUCUCGAAAUAUCUCACCAAUGAAAAACCUGACAGGCUUCUAAUGAUGUCAUUGCAUCCUGAUGAUGAAGAAUCAAAUUUUUUGCCUAUUUCUUUCCUCCCCAUCCCGGAACAGAUAACCUUAAGCCGCUGGAAAAUUUUUGGCUGUGUGGGAUCUAGUAAUGGUUUAGUUUGUUGUCAUCUGCCCAUUGAGAAUGAGAAUGAAAAAGAGAAUAGUACAACUGCAGAGGUGGAGGAGGAGGAGGGAGAUGUAGAAGAAAAGGAGGCUGCUCCUGCUCCUGCUCCUGCGCAUACUGAUAUAUUAGUAGUAUGGAACCCGGCAACAGAAGAAUUUAGGUAUCUCCCGCAACCACCUAUUAAUCCUUUUGAGAAGGAGGAGGGCAUAGGCAUACAACGGGAUCGUCACAGGAAUUAUGUUUUAGGUUUUGAUUUCUUACCAGAGAUUAGUCAAUACAAAGUGGUGAGAGUUUUCCCGGCACCUCAUCCCGGUAAUGAUCCCGAUUCCGAUGAUGAUGCUGAUGGAAAAGUUGCCAUUUUCCAAGCCCAAGUGUUGCUCCAAAGUGCAAAUUCAUGGAGAGAUGUCAAAGACAAAUUAGAGUUUCCAUCAUGUAAAAGUACUUGUCUAACAUGUGAUGCGAUUACCUUGAAUGGAGUGACCUAUUGGUUGGUAGAGCAAACGUCGAGCGAGUUCUAUCUUGUGUCAUUCAAUUUACGUGAUGAGGUUUUUCAUUUGAUACCACUACCAAUAGAAUGGCGUCUUCUUGCUGUUCAAUAUUGUUUACAUCCAUGGAAUGGUUCAGCUGCCAUUUUGACUAGUUAUUCAGAAAAUGGCGAUUGGGAGCGAGUGCUUUGGGUGUUGGUUCAAGAUCAAGAAUCUAAGAAGCCAGCUUGGGUUCAACAAUUUAGAACCAGAUCGAAAGUAUUUUCGGAAUUACGGUGCGUAGGAGCUUGGAAGGAUCAAUAUAUUUUCUCCAAACGAUCACGAAAUAGCUUGUUUGCGUAUGACCCUAGAAGCGACACAAAGAAAAGGCUUUUUCCCCACGACCGAAUCUGGUUUUGUAAAGGAGUGGAUUAUGUGGAGAGCCUACUUCCAGUCUAG